UUUUGUUUCUUGCUAGUACGUUACAUUCAAAAAAGAUACGGAACAUUAAUGGCUGGUUUCGUUCAUCCUGUUGGCGCUUAAACUGUUUUCAGUUUGAGCCGGCGUAUUGAAAAAUAAAUUAUUCUUAGCGAUUUUAUUUGUGUAUAUAUACUUGUAGAUAAUUUUAAUUUGAGACAAUAAAUAAGAUUUCUGAAAGAUGGUUAAAGCAGUAUCGACGAAAAAUAAAGAUCUAAUUUCUAAAAAUUCUCUAAAUUCACCAAAGGAUGGAUUUAUACAUAAAAAGAAGAAUCAAAAAUUUAAACAAACACCAACAGGUAGAGUCCCAUUAAUUAAUGGAUCAAAAGUUCAAAAUAAUAGUAGCAUGAAGCAACAAAAUUUACAAAUACAGAAAAAUAAUUUAUCUCAAAAAUCUCCAGAACAAAACAAAAAAUUAAAAAAGAAAGAUCAAGAAAAAAAUGAUAAAAAACAAGAGCCUCUUAAGAAACAAUCAAUGAAGAAAAAUGUGAAAGUUGAAGAAGAAUCUGAUUCAGAAGAUGAUAUUAACGAGGGUAUUGAAUUAGAAGAAAGCAUAAUGGAAAAUAGUGAUGAUAAUGAAAAUGAAUCAUUUGAUGAUGAUGAUGAUGAUGAGAGUGAAGAAGAAGAAGGAACUGUUAGAAAUAUUCUUGGAUCUAGUUUAGCAGAUGAAAGUGAUGAAGAUGAUGAAGAUUACGAAGAAAACAAAGAUACAAAAGUAAAUAAAGGAAUAAAAAUGUUUGAUGGAUCAAAAUCAAGUGAUAAAAGCACUGAUUCUAUUCAAGAUAGUUCUGAAUUAUCAUCAAUUAUGGAAGAUUCUAUGAUGGAUGAUAGUAAUGAUGAGAUUGAAGAAGAAGAAGAAGAAGAAGAAGAAGAAGAAGAAGAAGAAGAAGAAGAUGAAGAUGAAGAUGAAGGUGAAGAUGAGGAAGAAGUAGACGAAGAAGAGGCUGAAGAAGAGGAGGAAGAGGAAGAAGAUGAUGAUGAUGAAGAAUCAGGAAAUGAAGAAGAGGGUGAUGAAUCUGCUUUAGGUCUAAAAGCACUCUUGAGUAAUAGUAUUGCUGAGGAUGAUGAUGAUGAUGAAGAUUUUGUUGAACCAGAUGAAAAUGAUGAAGAUGAUGAUAUAAGUGAUGAAGAAGAGGAAGAAGAAGGAGAAGAAGAAAAUAAGGUACAAAAAAAUUCUUCAUCAAAUAAAAAUAAUAAAAUAAGUAUGGAUACUUCUUUAGAGGAAAUAAAAGAAGAUGAAAAAACAAUUUUUGUUGGUAAUCUUCCAAAAGAUGUAACGAAGAAAAAAUUGAAAAAAUUAUUUAAGCAAUUUGGAAAAAUUGAUACAAUACGUUUAAGAGGUAAAAUAGCAAAAUCCGCAAAUGUAUCUAAAAGAGUUGCAGCUAUUAAAAAUGAGUUGCAUCCUAAAUUGAAAUCAGUUUAUGCAUAUAUUAAAUUUGUAUCUAAAGAAUCUGUUAAAGAAUCUUUGUCUAUAAAUGGAACGGAAUUUGAAGGAAAUUAUUUAAGAGUAAAUGCAUCUAAUAAAUCAGAAAAUAAAUUUGAUUCAAAAAAAAGUAUAUUCCUUGGAAAUUUACAUUAUAAUAUUGAUGAUAAUACAAUUAUAAAACACUUUAAACAGUGUGGUGAAAUAGAAUCUGUACGAGUAGUUAGAGACAACAAAACUGGAGUAGGCAAAGGAUUUGGAUAUGUUAAUUUUAAAAAUGAAGAUGCAGUGACAUUAGCAUUAGAACUUGAUGGUACAACAAUUUCAAAUAGAGAAGUUAGAGUAAAACCAGUUAUUGAUCAAUAUAAAAAGAAGAAAGACAAAUAUAGAAAAAGAUCACAUUCUACAGAAAAUACCCAAAUAGUUUCACAUAAAAAAUUAAAAAAUGACAUUGAAGUACCAGCAUCAAUUCGUAAUAAAGAAAAUGCUAUGAAAAGAAUAAAUGAAAAGGGAAAAAAACUUGAAAAAAAACAAACAAAUUCACAACAAGAAAAAAAAUUUCAGGGCCAAAAAGCUGAUGCAAAUAAAAAGAAGAAAAAACCUACUAAGUUUGAAAAAAAGAAAAAACUUCUGGCAGAAAAGCUUACAGCUAAAUCUAAAAAACCAUCAAAUUAAAUAGCAGAGUAAGAAACAUAAUGAUAUAUCAAAUGUUUUCAUAAAAAAUAAUUUUAAUUAAUUUUAAUACAUAUAUGUAACUCAUUGUAACUUAUAACAAUGAUAAGUUACAAUAGCAUUAUCUUAUUGAAUCAAAACAGUUAAACGUUUUUAAAACUUUCAUCAGUAUGUAUUUCUCAAACGCGAAAGAGAAAAAAAGGACGUAUUUAAUGUUUAAUAAAAUAUUAUUUUUAUGAA